CGGGGGCCACCAGGACCGCACAGUCGGAUCUGUGGCGGUGUGGGCUCCGGGUCGAUUUCAUGAGCGGAAGAAAACCGAGGCCAGCAAUUUACAUCGGUCGGGAUUCAGGGCCCCAUGAGUCGUUCGGCGGCCCACAGUGCCCAUGGAUGGUCCUGUGCUGGCACCACCAGGGCUUUUUGACAGGAUUAGAUGGAGGGUGGUUGGAUUGGUGUCCAAAUUUGCAACAGGUAUUCCGGGCAAUAGUGACGUGUUUCAUAAUGCUGAAGACACCAGAGUUUACCCAGUCUUAUGGUGUGAGCCUAGCUCACGGAGUCAAUGCGACGCUGUGGACGUGCACUGCGUCGGUGGCUGACAGUCGGUGCUGGGCUGCUGCUGGUGGUGGGCCUGGCCCUGCUUUGGCUGGGGGCGCGGGCGCCGGCCGGUGCCGACGGCGUGUCUGCGCCUACCACACAGUCAUCGGCCGCGCCGCUGGCGGCCGGCGGUUCCGCCCUGCUGGCCGUCAGGACCGCCGGACAGCUCCACGACUCCCGGUUGCCCGUGCUGGCGCGCUCCUGGCUGCAGGAUGUUCGACCGACACAGCAGGUUGUGCUCUUCUCCGACGUUGAUUCCGUAACGGCCAUCGCCAAGAAAUUGGACGGGGUCGGUGCCGAGGUGAGCCGGUGCGGCCAGGCACACACACACAGCGUGCUGUGCUGCCGGCUGGCGCACGAGAUCAGCGUCUUCCUCACCACUAAGCACGGGUGGCUCUGCCAUUUUGACGACGACAACUAUGUGAAUACAGCGGCGCUGGACGCCAUGCUGGUCUCGUACAACGCCCGCCAGGCCUGGUACCUGGGAAGACAGCAUUCUGCCACCUACCGGCCGGCCGGUCAAACAGCGCCCCUGCGGUUUGCCACGGGAGGCGCUGGUUUUUGUAUCAGUAGGGCCGCGCUUCUGCUGGCGGCCAAAGGGCUAGUCGGUGGUCAGCUGGAGAGCAGCUGUCUGCGGCUGGGAAUGCCCGACGAUGUAGCGCUGGGGUUUAUCCUGUGGACAUCUCAUCGGGUACGGCUGACACACAUCAACGAGUUCCACUCCCACCUGGAGCAGUUGUCUUCCAUACCAACGGACUCCCUCCAACACCAGAUUAGUCUGAGCUACUCUCUGGAGCGCCGUCCACCCAAUACGGUGUCUGUGGCGGGUCUGGACACGCAGCUGGAUCCCACCCGUUUCCGCUCUCUGCACUGUAUGCUGCACGGCUCCGAGCGGUGCACGUGACCAGAGCCGGCGUUUGGUCGACACCGCACCCGCCAUCCAAGGCGUCCGCCCCGGCGCGCAACGCAAGCGGGGCAGGUGGGCGCGAGAUGUCACCCUGAGCGGUGGCGCCUCCGAGCACCUGAGCGGUGGUCCGCUGCUGAGUGGGGACUGCAGCCGGCACCCUCCGCUGAGUGGGGACUGCAGCCGGCACUCUCCGCUGAGUGGGGACUGCAGCCGGCGCCCUCCGCUGAGUGGGGACUGCAGCCGGCGCCCUCCGCUGAGUGGGGACUGCAGCCGGCGCCCUCCGCUGAGUGGGGACUGCAGCCGGCACUCUCUGGCCACUGAUUGCCGAACGUGAGAUUCGCGAGGAGGUGAAAUAUGCAAGGAGCGUGCGUGGUGGAGCUGAUGAUAUCAGUCAACAUCGUUUUCCUGGUGUGGCUUGCGUUCUCUGUUGUGGCAAGUGUUGAGUAGCAAGGGCUCAUAUUCCUGUGUGCAUCUGGCCAGAGACCUAUGCAUGUGUUGAUGUGGUUAGUGGUUAAGCCAGGGAGUAACGCCAUACAUUAUUUAUAGAUCAUGGUCGGCAUAUGGCGCCAGCUUGACCUGUUUCAGCACCCGAGGCCGAUGAUCGGAAGUCAUUCGGCGUAUUCCCGUCCACGGUGCGAGCCUAGAAAACGGUUGCUCGUCCAGCCGUGGGAUCGGGAUCUGCCUCUUGCAGCCGAUUCUGUCCAUUGUCUGGGAUGAUGCCUGUCUUUUUGCACCAUUUCUGCGCUGGUACAGGCAAUCUGCCAUCCAGGCUGUGACUUUGGAAUCGUUUUAUUACUUGUUUGUGAGCUUUGAUUUUAGUGAUGGAAUGGAAAGAUUAAGUAUGAUUCUGUUGUUUCCUACGGUACCGUCAGUGGUCGAGGUGUAAGCACUUGAUGUUUUGGACAAGUUCUUCAAUGGCCUUAUGCAAUAGGGAGUUGAAAAGGUGCAUACAAUUUGUGGUGGCAGCUGCGUUUGAGCACAUAACUUAAGCAUCUUCAUGGAAUGCCAGAUUUUACACAACUUUUUUCGCCGUGCAUGACGAAACAUGUGUUAUCACUUACAAGAAUGGUUUUGGUCCCCCUUAUUGUUGAAAUGCCUGAUUCGUGAUUACGCUUUUUCGUUGUAGAGCUGACAAAGCUGCUUCCUCAUCGUCGAAGUUCGUAUGUUGCGCCCUACGUCACUUUAUGAUAGGGUAAUUAAUACAUGUAAUUAUUGACAUGCUA